UUUCUCUCUCUCAUCUUCUCCAGAAAUCGAAACUUCAUCAUCUUCUUCUUCUUCGUCUAAGCUUUAUCGAAAUCGAGAUGGCGGAUCAGAGCUCUAAGCCGUUGCAGUUUUUCGUCAGACUACUCGACGGAAAAUCACUAGCCCUAACUUUCUCCUCUCCAUUAGCAUAUGGAGAUCAGAUCAAGCAACGGAUCUUCGAGCACACGAAGAUUCCGACGCAUCUACAGCGAUUGAUAUGCGGAGGCUACCAGAUCUCCGACGAAUCAUCGGUUUCUCUCCCUGACGCCACCGUGAAUCUCGUCUUUUCCCUACGUGGAGGUAAAGGAGGAUUCGGAUCGUUGCUUCGUGGUGCGGGGAACAAAGCUGGACAGAAGAAGACAAACAACUUCGAUGCGUGUAGGGAUAUGAGCGGACGGAGGUUGAGGCAUGUGAACGCUGAGAAGAGGCUUGAGGAGUGGAAGGAAGGGGAAGAAGAUAGGAAGCUUGAGAAAUUGGCUCAUGAGUAUCUGAAGAAGCAGGCGAAUAAAGUUAAACAAGGUGUUGGUAAUGGAGCUACGCAGAAGUAUGUUAAGAAGUAUAAGGAAGAAUCUGAUAAGUGUAUUGAGGCGGUUGAAUUGGCUUUGAAAGAAUCUUUUCAGAAUGGGAAGAGGAAAGGGAAGAUGUUUGCAGAAUCUGAUAAAUCCAAACGACUUAAGAUAUGGAAGGGAAAGAGAGCUAUUGAUGAUAGUGACAGUGAUGAUUGCAGCGACGAGGAAGACGAGAAAUCUGAUGAAAGCUCAGAUUCGGUUAUGACUGAAGAUCACAAUGGUGAUUCUUCUGGUAAAUCAUCAUGCAAUAGCGGUUCAGAGGAAGAGAAUGACAUUGUAGUGCCCCAAAGUUCAGAUGUAGUAAAGGGAGAGAUCACCGCUGUUCAAGCGAUUAACAGAGAGAAGAUUGAUGAUUUACCUAUUACUGUUGCUGCUGCUGCAAUGGGUCAUACUGAAAAGGAGGAUAAGUUAAGUGGAGACGCCGAGAAGAAGAAUCUGGUCGAGGUAGCUGUUAAGAAUCAAGGCAAUGAUUCUGAUGUAAAGACAGGAGGAGCUGCUGGGGAAACAGAGUCUGUUAGUGCAGUGUGUUGCACACCUGUUAAACCGCCUGUUAAACCGCUUAACUUUGAUGAUUUCAGUUCAGCAACAGAUAUGGAGGUUUUAGGAAUGGAUAGAUUAAAGACUGAGCUUCAGUCACGUGGACUGAAAUGCGGAGGGACAUUGCAAGAGCGUGCUGCGAGGCUCUUCUUACUUAAAUCAACACCACUCGAUAAACUCCCAAAGAAAUUGCUGGCCAAGAAAUGAUGAAGAACUUGCAACUCCAAAAAAAAACUACUACACUUUUGUUGUCAUCUGUUUGUAGUACAAUAACACAACCCACAUGUGUAAUAUCAGCUGUAAUUUAUACUAAUCUACCAAGAUUAUCACUUUUCGCAA